CUGAAGACACAAAGUAAUACCUCUCCUCUUCCACCACCUCAGCAUCCCUCUUGUGUUUUUCCCGGGGAAUGCAAACAAACUUUAAAUAAGAAGAUACAUAUUGAAUCAGCAGAGUAAAAUUAUCCAAAACAGUAGAAUGGCUGGAGGUGAUGUGAUCUAUUUUCUUGCUUGGACUUGGAGCCGAGAAUGAAAGCCUUUGUUGAUGGGAUGGGUACAUUUUGCAUUGCAUUGGGGAACCUUGUGUAUCCUUACGCGCUUGAACGGCUGCUAAUAUCUGCUCAAUGAUUGGCUAGAACGAAGGAAGACGCGUUAAUACUUAUGGUGUGUGGUUGGUUGUAGUCUAAAAGGGUUCAACCAAUUUUUUUACAGCUUAGUGUCUGUGGCUCCGUAAUUAAUUGUAGCUAGCCGUCUCUUAUCGACGUGUUUUUAAAGAAUGAAGUAGUUGUUGUUUUUUAUUAGAGGAGUUGCCAGCGUAUGAGAUUGAGAUCCAACUGUGCUGCUGUUUGUUGCCAUUUUACCUUACGUGUGAUGUUGGAUAUGGGAGAACGGAAAGAAGUGAAAAUGAUUCCUAAAUCAUCGUUCAGUAUAAACAGCCUUGUGCCCGAAGCUGUUCAAAGUGAUAACCACCACAGAUCAGCCCCCGAUGAAGAGGAGAAGCUUCCUUUGCCAAACUCGGUUCAGGACGGAAAGUCGGAGAACAUUUGCAGCAAAAGUGACAGUUCUCCAGAAUCGACAUGCGCGGACGAAAAAGAAAAACAGGAAGAUAAAAAGGAUUGCAAAGAUGGGGACGGUGGAAAAGACGGGGAAAAGAAAAAUGGCAAGUAUGAAAAACCACCUUUCAGUUAUAAUGCCUUAAUCAUGAUGGCUAUCCGGCAGAGUCCGGAGAAGCGACUGACCUUGAAUGGUAUUUACGAGUUCAUCAUGAAAAAUUUCCCCUAUUAUCGAGAGAACAAGCAGGGCUGGCAGAAUUCCAUCAGGCACAACCUCAGUCUAAACAAAUGUUUUGUUAAAGUCCCACGGCAUUACGAUGACCCGGGUAAGGGCAACUACUGGAUGCUUGACCCUUCGAGUGACGACGUGUUCAUCGGUGGGACAACAGGGAAACUUCGCAGGAGAUCGACCACCUCCAGGGCCAAGCUGGCUUUUAAACGGGGUGCGCGUCUCACUUCCACAGGACUGACAUUCAUGGAUAGAGCUGGCUCCUUAUACUGGCCAAUGUCACCGUUUCUGUCGCUCCAUCAUCCGAGGGCGAGCAGCGCCUUGAGCUACAAUGGGACAUCAUCGGCUUACCCCAGCCAUCCGAUGUCUUAUAGUACUAUGUUGACUCAAAACAGUUUGGGGAACAACCACUCUUUUCCUGCUUCGAAUGGCCUAAGUGUGGACAGACUUGUGAAUGGAGAAAUUCCGUACGCCACUCACCACCUCACUGCUGCUGCCUUGGCCGCCUCUGUGCCAUGUGGUCUAUCUGUGCCCUGCUCUGGCACUUAUUCUUUAAACCCUUGUUCAGUUAACCUUCUCGCGGGACAGACCAGUUACUUCUUUCCUCACGUUCCCCAUCCAUCAAUGACUUCCCAGAGCAGCACUUCAAUGACGGCGAGGGCAGCCUCUUCGUCCUCUCCACAGGCGCCAUCGUCUCUCCCCUGUGAAUCUAUAAGAUCCUCCCUGCCAACUUUCUCUUCAGGACUUUCCGGAGGACUUUCCGAUUACUUCACACAUCAGAAUCAAGGGUCUACUUCAAAUCCACUUAUACACUAACUAACAUCACAGGAGCAGACUGUAAGUGAACAUUUUACACACAUUUACAUUGUAAAAUAUAUAAAGCGAAGCUAAACAAAGAGAGAGAGAAAAAAGAACGCAGCCGAAGUACAGGUAUUUUUUAUUCCAAUUCCCCAUUUCUUUCUGUACACAUGUCAAGUGUCGGGGUGGGGGUUAGGGUGUGUUUAUUAUUCCACUGUCAGCAACGUGCAAUGUGUGAAGAAAACAACCGAAGACAAGAUAAAACGUAGGUUUGGGAAAGGCAGUAUAAUUACAGUAGAAUGUGUAUUUAAAUAGUGACUGCAGAUUUACUUAAUUUUAAUAUAAAAUAUCUACUACCAUCACUUCAGCCACCACGUCUCCAUGUUUGCAGUAUUAUCACGUACCAUGAGUGCGCUGGUGGAUUAUGAUUUUUUAAAAAUUAAACACUAAUUUUAAUUGUUAUUUUCAGAUAAAUAUGUGUUUUAAAAGUACCGUAAAAUACCCGUUCCCAAUCCAUGGCUCUUUGUUAUUUUGUCCUUUUCCUAUAGCCUAAAUCAAUACAAGUACGAAGCAUUCCUUUAAAUAUUUUUUCUCAUUAUUGUUACUUUAUAGACCAAAGAAUGGUUUAGAUUAUCCUCGAAUAGUCUAAGUAUCGGCAUAUUCGAGUGUCUUCAGUAUUCAACAUCUGACAGUGCCGUUUCUGAAGGGGACAAAAUCAAUGAACGCCUUUAGUUUGUGUUGUGCAUAUUUUAAUGUAUGUGGCCACCACCAGGCCACAUUCUUUUUUGUAAUUAGUGAAAUGUUAAUACCUAUUGUAAUUAUAGGUUAACUUUGCGAACGUGUAACCCGUGUUGAGUAAAUGACUCAUAAAAUAUUGAGUGAUUGUUAAUGUCGUCUUUAAAUCUCAUGAUUGUGAUAUUGUGGUCUUAUGCCCGUGUUUGUCGCUUAAACUGUUUACCGAACAAAAUAAAACAAUAGGUUACGUCCAUU